CGGGCAGCCGUCAAUGUAUACCCAUCUUCCUUAUCCUCUGUCAAUCAUAAUACCCACCUAAUACCUGCUGUGUAACACAAGCGCAUCGAAUCCAUGAGCUGAUACAGCAAUUUUGAGACUGGGCAGCCCAACAUGCCGUCCUGGCUCUCUUUCGGCUUGAUCGUCGCCUUGUCGACUGGUGUUCUUUCACAACAAUCGAAGGACCCGUUGAAGGACUUUUGCAGGAAAUUCGGACAUCAAACAGCUAUUGUCGAUGACAAACUAUACAUCGAUGGCGGCAUUGUGAACUGGGGCCCUUUGAAUCAGAACUCUCUGAAUUACUCCAAUAAAUACUUCGUCUAUUCAGACCUCAAGGAAAUUUCAAAUGGAAUGCCAACACAACACGCCAAUCUGUCCAAACCGGCAGAGGUUCCUUUGGUUGAGGGUGGAACUCUUUGGGCGGAUCCUGUCAACAAGUGGAUUCAUUUAUACGGAGGAGAGUAUCAUGAUGCUAACCCAGACGCACUUUCUUUGUGGAGUUAUGAUAUCCUGAAUAAUGUGUGGAAAUCCUCCGGCGUCACAAAUUUCCAGAUCCAACGGGUGUCAUAUGGAGCGGGAGCUACUGCGGAAGAGGAUGGUAAGGGUUACUAUUAUGGCGGGUGGCUGUCUAACAGUUCGGUCCCAGCAUUUGGAGCGAGAAUGCCAACUUCGAACCUGAUUAUAUAUGAUAUGGUCAAAGACACCUGGGCAAAUAACACUGGGCCUGACUCCAUUCCCCGUGCAGAAGGUGUGAUGGUCUACAUUCCCGCAUCGGACGCUGGUAUGCUUGUCUAUUUUGGAGGCCUUUAUUUUCCGGGCGGUCCAGGAAACUACACAGGAAUUGGGAUGAACAUGUCUGAGAUCAAGGUUUUCGAUAUUUCAGAUAAUAAAUGGUAUACACAAACUGCAACCGGCGAUAUUCCCAACUCUCGCAGGAGAUUCUGCGCCGGCGCCACGUGGGCCAAGGAUAGAUCAUCGUACAACAUCUACCUUUAUGGCGGUGCUUCGAUGCCUCCCAACACAAUCGGCUUCGACGAUGUGUACAUCCUUUCCCUCCCGAGUUUUACGUGGCUCAAGUGGUACCCAGAUGCCCCUGGACCAGGAGCACCUCACCACUCGUUGACGUGUAAUGUUGUACGUGGUUCGCAAAUGAUAGUCAUGGGCGGCACAUUUCCGAAUGACACGACACUGUGCGAUGUGCCUACAGUGCAGGGUCAACAUAACCUGAAUCUCGGCAAGGAGAACUCGCUGAGUGCUAAGUGGUAUCAGUACCUCGACAAUGUGACUGAUUACAAAGUCCCAGAAGAAAUCGUUGCGAAGGUCGGAGGCCAGGCUAGUGGAGGCGCAACCGUUUUAGCACCCAAGACCUGGGAUAACAAUCUCUUGCCGACGUAUUUCCAAAGGGCGUAUACGCCCACAAGUCGAACGCCCACGAGGUCGAUACCAGCGACUAGGACGCCGACGGCUACACAUACAUCCGCUGGGGGGAAGAAAACGCCUACUAAAGUUAUUGCUGGCGCAGCCGCUGGCGGUGGCGCCGCUGUCUUGAUCUGCAUUGCCCUUGGUGUCUUCUUCUGCUGUAUAAAGAAGGACCAUCGCAGUGCCCCAACACAACCCGCGGAGCUAGAAAACACAGAGGGGGACCACACAGGGGGACCUGAUGCAGAAGGGGCGGCAAAACCCUACCGAGGCCAAGCUCCACCAACACCAGUCGCCGAACUCCCCCAGGACAACGGUUAUACAUUUCCUCCACCGGCGUCGCCCUCGAUGUACAAAGACCCAGAUUACGCACAUUCCCCACCAUCAUCAGUCCCAGGCUCGCCGCCAAUCCCGCAACCAUACUACCGCGAUGGACGGGAAAGCUUAAAUAUCCCGAAUCAAGUGCAGCAACCGUUUGGAUACUCGCCUUCGCAUUCGCCGCAACCAGUGCAAGGGGGGGAGUGGCCGGAUGAUUAUAGGAAUACUUAUUAUCCGCCUCCACUGUCCGAAAUGAGUGCUAUACGCUCGCCGCCGCCGCCGGGCCAGAAUAUGAAUAGGAACGGAGAUGAAGACGGGAUAUAUCCCGCCCCAGUGCCGUCCGGCCUCCAUAGCGCAAGAGCAAGCCCGCACCACUCCCGACAAUACCCCCAUGACAAUGGGGGAUAUCGUCCAGGAUUCAGCCAUGGGAGAAGUCUUUCUGGCCAGACGGUGACGUCGGGCAUGCCCCUAACGCCAGUCACGCCAAGGAGCUUUGGGGAACCGAGUCCGGUGGGAAGUGAGUUUGGGCAGGGCGUUAGGAGGGUGAGUCAGGCGCCUACACAGUCUUAUUACGAGGGGCAGGAGCGGAGGAUGUAAAUGUAGCCGUGGGCGUGGGAGUAGAGAAGAGAGGGGGAGGAUCAGGAUUGUGCAUGUACUGCGAAUGAGCACAGGCAUAGUCACGAUCAGUAUCAGUAUAAGCAUAGUAGUGGUAUCCAUGUCCUGCAUUCUUCGCAAUUUUGGUUCUUUUUUGGAUUACCGGUUCGAGUUUAGUUUGAGUUGAUGAGUGUGAUCUUGGGAAUUUGGG